CGGCUCGUGGGAGAAGUCAGUCGCGUACCGUUUCGAAUUUAGUCUUCAGCGAGCGUUCGUGCGUGUGGGAAACACAGUUUCGGUCACGGUUUCGAAAGAUUGGCGCGUUCGCGUUUGUGCCGUCACCCCGUAUAUUAAAUCGGAUUCGAAAUCACUUUUCCAGCUUGGAAGAUGUGUUAAGGUGCAAGUAGCGCCCCCACACCGCACGAACAAUGAUUCUCCCGCUUUUUUCCUUCGCCAGCGACUUCAGGAACGGUCUGUUAAUUUCGCGCGUAUCGAACAGAUAAUAACUAAAAUAAACGGGGGGUAAGAGAAAAAAAUUGCGAUGUGCGCCAAAGUGAAACAUCGCUGUACGACGGCACUGAUCGGCGUCUGUAUCCUGGCCCUGGGGGCCCUCAUAGCCACCGUCUGGAUCAUGCUAGGCCAGGGGGCCUUCAAGCACAAACAAGAGAAAAUUGCGACGGUCGUCAAGCAAAAAGAAUACAUCGAAAAGACGCACUUGGACGACUUCGACAGCGAGGUCGAGUUCGUCAAACCGCUGAAAAUCAGUCCUCUACCUCUGCACACCCAUGACAUAAUCUUCGACCAAAUGCGCAACAAUUAUGACAAGCCGCCAUUACGGCACCACAGCGGCCAUUUUAGGCACAAGGAAGCCGAAGUUUGGGACCCACACCCUAGAUAUGUGAUUAAUGCUUUUGGACGAAAACUCUUCCUAGAGCUGGAGCACAACGACCAGAUUUUAGCCACUGAUUUACAUGUUACCCAUGUUGGUGAUGACUACACCCAUCGCAGGAAACAGGACAGUAGCAUUUAUGGGUGUUUCUAUACUGGGAAAAUCAAAGACGAUUUGGAUUCGGCCGUUUCUGUGUCGCUUUGCAAUGGAAUGACCGGCUACAUCCGCACUUCUCACGACAAUUACUACAUCGAGCCGGCGGAGAAAUCCUCCGGGGAAUACCCCUUAGGCAGUUUCCUUCACCGGAUCAAAAAAAUCCACAAUAGUGCACCGACCGGAAACGAAGUCGUCGUGAACGAAUCGGACCAAUGCGAAACCAACGACAAUGAGAGCAUCGUGGAGGACGACUUCGGCUCAUCAGUCGUGGCCAUCCCUUCACACACUUUGACAAAACGUGCCAUUGUUGACGACAUCGGUGAUUCCCCCUUUCUUUCGCGCAAAAUCCGCGACGCUGAUUGGCCCAUUAACUACGAAACGGACCAAAAGACCAACGAAUACUUCGUCAAAGUGCUCGUCGUUGCCGAUCGCAGUAUGAUACAGUACCACCAAUCUAACGAAGAUUUAAAACACUACAUCCUAAUCCUGAUGUCACACGCGGCCCUUUUAUACAAAGACGCAAGUAUCGGAAACUCGAUUUCGUUAUCGGUGGUCAACAUCUGGUUACUGAACAAUACUGUAUUCACCAGUAACAACUCACAAGUUAUGUUACGCAGGUUUUGCGAGUGGCAGAAACGGUACGUCACGGAUCGGAAACAUGACAUGGCUUUGCUAUUUACGAGAGACCCAAUUUGCAAGAAAAACUCCUCGAGUUGCGACACUUUGGGCGUUGCCGAAGUCGGCUCAAUGUGCAACCCUUCCUCGAGCUGCGCCAUCGUCAAGGAGCGAGGUUUGUCCUCCUCCUACACCAUAGCGCACGAAUUGGGCCACGUUCUCAGUAUGCUCCACGACGAGACCGAAAGCUGUUCCCACUUCAGUCGAGGCCCGAAAUCGGAAAACAUAAUGUCCCGAAUCCUCAACAACGGGACAAAACCCUGGUUGUGGUCCGAGUGCUCCAAGCACUUCCUCACCGAGUUCCUCGAAUCAAACAAAGCCAAAUGUCUGCUCAACGCCCCGACCAGCAAUUACAUCUCAUCGGAAAUUUCCGAUUUACUACCAGGAGAGAACUUCGAAGCCGACAAACAAUGCGAACUAGAAUUCGGGAUUGGUUACAAACUGUGCUCUUAUCAAGCGUCCUGUGCCGUCUUAUGGUGCACUUCUAAUGACAUCUACGGGUGCAAAUCCAACUUGCUACCAUGGGCAGAUGGGACAUCCUGUGGUCGGAACCGCUGGUGCCACCAUGGGCAGUGUAUUCCUCUGGACCGCCAGAAACUAACACCAAUACCAGGCGGCUGGGGACCUUGGCAGCCAUGGAGCGACUGCAGCCGCACGUGCGGCGGCGGCGUGAAGCAAACCCGCCGUUACUGCGACUCGCCGGUGCCCCAAAAUGGGGGCCCGUACUGUACGGGCAAAAGCAUUCAAUACGUUUCGUGCAAUACGGAGUCGUGCGAUGAUGACGUUCCCGAUUUUCGGGAAGUUCAAUGCUCACAAUUCGAUGGUAUUAAUAAAAAUUUGGCUAAUUUGACCAAAGAUGUGAAAUGGGUGCCCAAGUAUGGGCUUUCGAAGAGGGAGGAUCUGUGCAAAUUGUUUUGCAGACCGGAAAAUUCCAACGCUUAUUAUCCGUUGAAGGACAAAGUUAUCGACGGAACGAAGUGUGGAUUGAAUUCGUUCGAUAUUUGCGUCAAUGGGAUUUGCAGGCCGGGAGGGUGUGAUAACAAGCUGAAUUCCAAGAUGGAUCUGGACGAGUGCGGCGUUUGCGGUGGUGAUAACAGCAAAUGCGAGGAAAUCACCGGCAAUUACAACGUUUCAAUGACUGGCUAUAACAUCGUGCUACGUAUCCCCAAAGGCAGCUCAAACAUUGAUAUCCGUCAAAACGCCAACAACGAUACUAACUAUCUAGUCCUAGUUGAUGGCGAAACCGGGGAAUACGUCCUUAAUAGCAAAACCAUGAUUGCGCCUCAACAAAAAGACGUAAUUUUUGCCGGCAUCAUAAUCAGCUAUAGUGGCUCAUCGGCUGCCAUUGAACGCAUAACAACACCAAAAAACCACAAACUCACCAAAGACCUAGUCCUUGGCGUACUUUCAGUCGGACACGCUCUCGCACCCGAUAUCACCUACAGAUAUAUCAUAGACCGCGAAAAUGCCCCCAAGUUGAAUUAUAUUCAAAAUUUCUACCGGCAAAUUAUCCCAAGAUAUGGUUGGCGACUCUAUCGCAACAAAUGGUCCAAAUGCAACUCCAUAUGUAGCGGUACUCAAUAUAUGUCCCCGAUUUGUAUCGAGUUGGCCACCAACAAGGAACAACCAGAGUCUUUUUGUCCACAACACGAAAAACAACACCACAUGCAAAAACAAGACUGUAAUACGCACUGCCAACUUAGAUGGAGCGAUGUGUCACGUGGACCUUGCUCAGUCAAUUGUGGACAAGGGGUUCGAAGUGUUUACCACCAGUGUGUCAAAAUCGACAUGACUAAAGAAAACUACGACCGGUACCACGAAGUUGUGGACCACAAACACUGCAAUAUUUUGGGGAAACCCCCCACCAUGGAGGUGUGCCAAGGGAGGUGCGAAUCUACUAGAUGGGAGUACACCAGCUGGUCCGAGUGUUCCACUUCCUGUGGUGGUGGUACCCAACGUCGGAGUGCCAAAUGCGUGGACAAUAACAGUCGCACCCUUGACGAUUCCUACUGUCCUGGUGAAAAAAUCACCGAGCAACGCUGCAACACCCAGAAAUGUCCCAUCUGGGAGUCGCGCGAAUGGACCCCAUGUUCCGUCACGUGCGGUCGUGGUUUCCGCACAAAACCGUACUUUUGUCACAUCGAUGGUAAAAUCCUAGACCCAUCGGCUUGCGACUCGCGCCAAAAACACAUCGAAGAAGAGCAAUGUUACGAACGCCCAUGUGCCGGAUGGUCCAUAGGCCCAUGGGGCGAAUGCUCGACCACGUGUGGCGAUGGUACCAGUACCAGACAAGUCAUUUGCCAGAAUCUGGACGACAAUCAAGUCAUUCAAGACUCCUUCUGUUCGGGAAUUCUCAAGCCGAACGAGACGAAAUUUUGCAAAAUUGCAGAUUGUGUUCAGUCGUUGCCGUACCAAAGGCGGUACGAUUACGGGAACGAUAUUUUAGCGAAUACGAUUGUGAGUUACGAAAGGGGGUUCAAGUGGGUGACGGGGGCGUGGAGUCAGUGCUCGAAAAGUUGCGGAACGGGGGUUAGUUCACGUAUGGUGGUUUGUAGAAAUGAGUUGGGGGAGGAGGAUGAAAGGUAUUGUGCCAAAAGUGUGGUUCCGGUCAAAACCAUCGAGUGUAAUACGGGCAAGUGUCCCGCUUGGGAGUUUGGGGGCUGGAGUGGGUGUGAUUUUAACUGCGAGAAGCGGAGACAAGUCACUUGUCGAGCGGCCUCCGGCAGCUUCGUCGAAGACACCCAAUGUGACAAACACCGUAAACCAUCAACCACCACAAAAUGCAAACUCUCCCAAUGUCCCCACCUAGCCUCCAAACCUUACAGCCCCCAUCGUUACCGCUGGUCUGUCGGUAAAUGGAAACGUUGUUCAACAACGUGUGGCGAAGGCCAAAAACACCGUACUGUCGAAUGUAAAGAUACGAAAACACAAACUACGCUCGUUGACCAAUUUUGUGACAAUCAACCCAAACCGAAAACUACCACCAAAUGCGAGAAAUACAUGUGUGACUAUGCAUGGAUUACGAGUCCUUGGACCCAAUGUUCGGCCUUUUGUGGACAAGGAGUACAGAGGAGGAAUGUUAGUUGUCAUCGUGUGUAUGGUCGGGGGGCUGUUGAUCCAAAGCCUCUGAUGUUUAAUAAAGCGAAACCGAACGAUUUUUGCAAUUUGUAUGAAAAACCAGUGGAGGAGAUGGGAUGUAAUGGGGGGCAUUGCAAGGAGGUCUACGUGUGGAGGAGCGACCCCUGGAAGGAGUGUUCGUAUUCCUGCGGUAAAAAGGGCCGCCGCAGCCGCCAGAUUUACUGCAUGAACGUAAAAACGGGUCAAAAGGUCGAGAAACGUCACUGCCCUCGACAUUCCAGACCUAAACGCCGCCUCAAAUGUAACCAAUGGAGAUGUUUAUUCAAAAGUUGCAAAGAAAUUCAAACACACACCAAAACAAGAGACAACAAAGACUACUUGAUUACAAUCCGAAAUCGGCCAGCUUGGGUCUACUGUUACAAAAUGGACACCAACCAACCAGAGGAAUACAUAACCUUGCACGGUGAUACUCUCAAUUAUGCCGAAAAUUACGACAAACGAUUGAAAAAUCCGCACUCGUGCCCUUACGAUGGGCAACGUUUCGACCUUUGUGACUGCUUGCCAAUCGAGUCGGACCGUUCCGGCUUCACUACAUUCUGGAAAGUGCGUCUCAACAUCACGUCUCUGCGAAUUAUCGGUGACGAUUUUACGUUUUCGCGACAAACGAAAGGCAUGAAAGUGCCUUAUGGCACAGCUGGCGAUUGUUAUAGUGCCACAGAAGGCUGUGCCCAAGCCCGAUUUUCCAUAGAUUUGAAAGGAACUUCGUUUCAACUUUCGGAAAACGUGCGAUGGCACAGUAUCGGAAAAUAUGCCACUGCCAGGAUUGACACUUUUGAGAAAAGGGUUGUGGGCCUGUGUGGGGGCUAUUGCGGGAAUUGCGUUCCUGAGCCCAGUGUGGGUCUCCAAGUCGAGAUCACGUAGUCUGGUAUUACAAACUAAUCAGUAUUUUAGCCUUAUGUACUGCCAUAUAAUUAUGGAAACUGCCAAAUACUGCCUUUUUUACCUCACAUUGAGGGAGUUUUUUUGUAUUAUAUAGUUAUGCUGCCAUUCGUACUUUUUUAUACACUUAUAAUACCCUCGUGACGUGCCUUUUUUGUAUAUAUUUUUAACUAAUUUAUUGUUAAGUGCCGUGUAAAUUGUAUUUAUUGUUAAUGUUUAUGGAAAAUAAAAUAACACGUAUUGACA